AUGGAAGAACAUCAGCAGGAGCUUACUGCCCUUGAAGCAUUGGACAACGGCAAGUCUUUCACCUGGGCAAUGGACGUUGAUACCACGUUUGCUAUCGACACUAUUCGCUAUUACGCUGGCUGGCUGACAAGAUCCAUGGUCAAGUGGUGGAGAUGGACGAGAGGAAACGUUAACUCUCUUACACCCGUUAUGAACCAAUCGGUGUCGUUGCUCAUGAUGUCGUGGAAACUUGGUCCUUCUCUUGCUACUGGGAGCUGCAUUGUCAUGAAGCCUUCAGAAUCCACUCCUCUGCCUGCAAUUCACAUGAGUAAGCUUAUCCACGAAGCCAGAUUUCCACCCAGGACGUUCAACUUUCUCACUGGAUAUGGCGACAUUGUUGGAGCAGCAAUUUCUAGCCAUAUGAAGAUUGACAAGAUCGCCUUCACUGGUAGCACUCUCGUCGGUCGUAAGAUCAUGGAGGUCACCGCAAAGAGCAACUUGAAGGACAUUACGCUCGAGGUUGGUGGCAAAAGCCGGAACAUCACAUUCAACGAUGCAGAUGUUGAUCAAGUUGUCAGCUGGGCAGCUCAUGCGAUCUAG